GCGAGCCGGCGCGACAGUGACGUAAGCCCCGAGGGCGGAAGCGAUCCGGCGCGGCGCUGUGACGCCAACCGGCGAGCGGAGGCGGGCGGGCGCGGCGCCAUGACGUAGUCCCCGCGGGCGGUGGCGCCCCCUCAUGCUGCGGCGCCCGCUGGCCGGGCUGGCGGCGGCCGCCCUGGGCCGGGCUGCCUCGGACGCCCGAGGACUUCAUGCUGGAUGCCCUUGGACCGUGCAGGAUGCGGAGGGGCGGAGAGUGGAGCCGCCUGUGCCCCCCCAAGGGAUGUCGGGACCAAGGCCCGUGGUCCUGAGCGGGCCGUCCGGGGCCGGAAAGAGCACCCUGUUGAAGAGGCUCCUGCAGGAGCACGGCAGUGUCUUCGGCUUCAGCGUGUCCCACACGACAAGGAACCCGCGGCCGGGAGAGGAGAACGGCAAAGUCUUAGUAGGGCUUCUGAUCCUGCCUGAUGCACAGCACAGAAGUCUCUGCAGCCUCCCCGGUGGCAGCCGGUGGUCUCCAGUCCUGGUGUCCUGGCUGUGGGCAGCCUCGAGCAGCUCUUCCUCCUUUGCAGAUUACUACUUUGUGACAAGGGAGGUGAUGCAGCGGGACAUUGCCGCUGGUGAUUUUAUCGAGCACGCUGAGUUCUCAGGAAACCUAUACGGGACCAGCAAAGCGGCCGUACGGGCCGUACAGGCCAUGAACCGCAUCUGCAUCCUGGAUGUGGACCUGCAGGGCGUGCGCAACAUCAAGAAGACUGACCUGCGGCCCAUCUACAUCUUCGUGCAGCCGCCCUCACUGGAAGUCCUGGAGCAGCGGCUGCGGCAGCGGAACACCGAGACGGAGGAGAGCCUGGCCAAGCGGCUGGCCGCCGCGCGGGCUGACAUGGAGAGCAGCAAGGAGCCGGGCCUGUUUGACUUGGUCAUCAUCAACGACAGCCUGGACGAGGCCUACCGGACCCUAAGGGAGGCGCUCUCCGAGGAAAUCAAAAAGGCCCAGGGGACCGGCCGCUCCUGAAAAGGCUCACGGCCGUCUGCCCAGGCGGCCUGGGGCCUGGUGCCCACCCAGGCGGGUGCUGCGCUCGCCUCAGCUGGGGCCAGGGUGGGUGCUGCCCAGCACUCGCCCCUCACCAUGGUGGAGGACCCCUGCUUCCCCGCCCCUGCCCCCUGCCCAGCCCUCCUGUGGGACCUGGCCCCGUUCUAAUAAAGAGCUGCUGGUUAGA